CUGGCAUCCCCGGUGUCGAUCACAGUAUACUUCUCGCUACGUCGUCGUAGGAAAGAGGAGGCUCAAGUAGGAGGCGAAGUAGGAGGAAGUGAAGUAGUAGGAGGACCUCCACCACCACCACCAUUACCACCGCUACCACCGACCGGUAAAUCCUGCGGGACUGCUCCGACGGACACCUGUAAGCACGCAGACUCCCCGCCGAGCCGGACGCGCGGUGCACGGGAAGGUUCGCCGAAAUCGCCGCGGAGAUCCUGAGGGAUCACCGAGACGUGUUUUCCGUUUCCCGCCGAUCUCGACCGGGAGUGGUGUGCCUGGUGUCUCUACGCGCGUGGUUCACGCGAGCUGCUUCUUUUCCCCUUUAUUUCUUUCUUCCUUUUUUUUUCCGUUAAUCGCUCGUAUGUGAGUCAACGCAUCGCGCGAAGAAGAAGAAGAAGAAGUCUCUGAGAGGAACGUUCGUUUGAAUUAAAAAUCUAUUUCAGAGAAAUUAAAUUGGGCUGACAAUUGAACGCCAAACAUGUAACGACGUCGAUAGAGGACCGGACGAUCUCGAAGUGGAUACACGCAAAGGAGACAGAUGAUAAGGGAGAGUUUUCUCAAAAUGCGUUAAAGGACAGUCUUCUCGUAGGAGAGCCGUCUCUUCGACGAGCGAUGAGAAGAUCGCGAAGCUUCGCGAGGCGAGUUGCGCCGCGUCGAGGGAUGCACGGUGUUGCUUGAAGGGGCGCGUGCGGAAAAAGUCGUCUUCGCGAAAUAUAUUCCUCGGGACGACGACGACGACGGGACGGCGAUGUCAACCUUCUAGAAUGCGAAGCGAGGAAAGAUGCAGCUAAGGAAGCUAAGCGGUGCCGAGGUCUGGCUACCGCUGCUCGUGUUGCUGCUGGUGCAGGACGGCAGAUGUAUAAAAUGGCUCGGCCUCGGUCGCACCGGCGACACGCACACGUGGACCAGGGAGGCGUGCACCAGCGCGAAGAGCGCGGGUCUGCUGGAGAGGAAGCAGGCGAGGGCGUGCAGGGCCACGCCGGAUGUGAUGCCCGGUCUGGUGCAAGCCGCGAGGGACACGUCGAUGGUGUGCCAGCAGGCGUUCCGACAUCGCAGAUGGAACUGCAGCAGCAUCGAGCGCGCGCCCGACUAUACGCCUGAAUUGCUCACAGGAACGCGAGAGCAAGCCUUCGUCUACGCGAUGUCGGCCGCCGCGGCGGUUUGGCGGCUCGCGCGGGGGUGCGCUUUGGGGAGCCUGGCGGCCUGUUCGUGCGCGACCCCACCGCGAAGGGAGCCACCCUCGCCGUCCGCGCUCAUCUCGCCCUCGUCCUUCACCACCAUGUCCGUCUCCUUCGACACGCUGUCCGCGAGGAACUCUUUCAAAUGGGGCGGCUGCGGGGACGACGUGAGAUCCGCCUCAAGGAUGGCAAAGCGGUUUCUUCAGGGUGCAACGCCGCCUGGUACUGUCGCAACCGCGAAGUUCAUGCAUGCAGUCAAUAUGCACAACAACAGGGCGGGCCGGAGAGCGGUCGAGCAGUCUUUGACUCUGGAGUGCAAGUGCCAUGGAGUGUCGGGUUCCUGCAGCGUACGUACCUGCUGGCGCGGCCUGGGUGCAUCGGGACCGUCCGCAGCCGGAAGUCGUUUGCUACGCAGAUAUGCCACUGCGGCCGAAGUCAGGCCGAGAUCCGGUAGCAGAUUGCCGCCCUUAUAUCACCACGAUAAUCUACUCUAUACUACCAAGAGCCCGGAUUAUUGUCUGCCGGAUAAAAAGAGGGGCAGUCUCGGCACGAUUGGCAGGCAUUGCAACGGCAGCAGUUCCGGCUAUGAGGGCUGCGAGUAUCUUUGCUGCGGCCGCGGCCAUGUGACUAGGACCGAGGAGAUCUACGAGAGAUGUGACUGCAAGUACAUUAGCUGCUGCUACGUAAAGUGCAAGACGUGCAAGCGGAUUGUAAAGACGUACGAGUGCAAUUGAGAAUAAUGCAAAUCUCGGACAAUCGGCGCGACAAAAACGUGAUUUUGAUCCGCCCUUAAGAAAUAGGAAGAGGAGAAGAAGGAGGAAAGAGAUUCUCGCGUUGAAAAUUAAAUGCUAAGCGCAAAAUUAUGUUCUAUGCGAUGUGCAUGCAUGCGUGGAAAGCAUUUUCUUUUACAGUUAUUACUCUUAAAAUCACAGUAGUGGAUUCUUCGAAGAAUUUUAGUAUAAGUUUAGUAAUUUUGUAAAAUUUUAGUAAAAUUGAAAAAAAUUGAAUUUAUUUUAUAUUACAUAAUAACUUGAUUAAAAUUUAAUUAAACCAUUUUAUGGUAUAAAACACAGUUCGGUUUAAUUUUAAAUUUUAAAAUUAAAGUAAAAUUCCUAGAAAUUUUUGUUCUCUUCUGAUUAUCAGAGUAGAAAUAAAGGUAAAUUUUCUAAGCACUAAAAAUCAUAUAAUUGUUAUUAUAACUAUUAUUUAUAAUUUUCUACUCAAGAAUAUAAUGUAUAUAAUUAUAUAACUUAUGACAGAAGAUAGGAGUUUAAAACAAUUUUACAUUAAGUUAUAUAAAUUUAUAUUGUUAACUAGGAAAUUAUAACUAAUAGUUAUGUAAAAGUUAUAUUGGUGUUUGCUGAAUCAAAAGACGAGUUUGUAAAAUUUAAUCAAAUUAUUUUACAAUAUAAAAUAGUAUGAUUAAAACCUAAUAAAACCAUUAGGUUAUACAACAAUUUAGUAAAAUUUUACUAAAAUUAUAGUAAAAUUUUCUAUUUUACGACUACCAUCAUAAUUUUGAAAAUAAAUUGUAAGAAAAAAUUUCAUAAAAUUUAAUCAAACUAUUUUAUAUUAUAAAAUCUAAUGAAAUUAUUUUAUGCUAUAAAACAGUUUGAAAUUUAGCAAAAAUUUUAUUAAAUUUUAUUAAAAUUAUAAUAAAAUUUUUCAAAGUCCUUUGAAGUUUCCUAAUGUUCGUUUAAGAUUUUAUGGGUAAAUAAUUUUGAGGGUAAAUUCUAAGAGGAAAUUCUUUCCGUGUGAAAGUCGCGAAUUCCGCAUCCGCGACGGUAAUUACUUAGGCAAUAAAUUAUUUAUCGUAAAUAUGUAAAACUCUUUUUCUCUCUCUCUCUUUCUCUCUUUCGCGCGUGGCGAUACAUACGUAGUAGAAGAGUUAUUUAUACCGUGCUACUUGCUAUUUAUUCGAUGUGUGUGUGUGCGCGUGUAUCGCCGCGGACAAUGGCGAAUAAACGCGCGUUCGUUUCUCCGCGACGGACUCGUGGAGUUAAAUGUAAAUCGGCGUCGUCAUCGUCGACCAUGAGAACGUAGAUCAGAGCAGUGUACAUAGAAUGCUCGAUAUUUCGAUGUAACCUGACAUUUACAUUUCUGCAAAUACACGUUGCUUGGAAAGUGGCGGUCGACCUCAUCCCUCUUUUGGUCCCCGAGGCGCGAAGCGACAAUCGCGAUACAUUACGACACAAUUCGCCGUGCGUGAACGCACGUCGAACACGCGCGGCUGGAUUCAAUUUUUCAAACUCGGAGGAAAAAAAUUCACGCUUGAUUAUGAAUAAUUCAACAGCCGAGAGGCUAAAGGCGACGCGUUCGCAAAUUCGUUUUGUCGGAAACGGUGAUUAGAUAUGAUGAUUAGACCUUGAAUAAGUUUCCUGCCUGCUAAACGCGAGUUAUAUGCUUGCGCCAAUUUAAAAUUAAUCAAUGUAAUCAUUUAACAUACAAUUGUUUUACGAUCGCAUUACCGAUCAACAUCGGAUUCUUGUUUUUUUUUCAGAAAUUGGAAUUAUUCUUAUAAAACCCAACGAUUCCUUGCAAAAAUUAUAUUUUUCGCAUAAACAUAACGGUAUUUGUCAUAUUUAUUAAAACUUUAUUUUUUUCACUGAUCCGUGAAAAAUCCAAUAGCAACAAGACGGAACGUUAUGAUGACGAAGUGUAGCAUAUAGAGGUUCCAAUAUCGACAAUUUGCGUAAAUAUUAGAUGUUGUAAAUGUUAAUAUGAGAGCAGAUUACAUUUACGUUUAAUAAAUGUUCAAGAAAUGAUUAGCUGAUGAUGUAUAAAAACGUUUAUUAAACGUUAUUAACGUCUAUUUAACGCUAUUAACGUUUAUUAAGUCGUUAAAAUGUCUCGCGUAUAAUAAUUUAUUAAAUAAUUUUUUAAAAACCUAUCAAAUUUUUGAUAUUGAUUUUUUUUAGCUUAAACGUUAAACAUUUUUUAUUAAUCCUUAUAGUACAAAAAUGAGUUUCCUUGUUCUCUAAAUUUUAUAGAGU